AUGACAAGUGAUGCUAUAAGCAAGAAGGUUGACCAGCUCACGAGCUUAUUCAAGUCAGUAGCGAGCGAAAAGGCUAAAUUGGGCAUCAUCGCCUAUGACAAGCAAGUGCCUCUCGACGACGCAUUUGCGAAGCACGAACAAGCCGUUAGAGACGUUCUUCGGUUGGAACCAAAGGCUUUUCAAUUCACAAUAGACGAUGAUGCAGAAGCAACCCCCGACGAUCAGAAGGAAGCUGUGGAACAAUUCAAUGCCAACGCAGAGUCCAAGAUGAAGGAAUUUGUCAUAUCCUGCGCAUCUCAAGCAUACUUUGCGUCCUUGAUUGGUGGUAGUAGCACCCAUUUAGCAGAUAAAGACAUCAACUUUGAGAACAAGAUUGCAAUAGCAUUGGAUUUGCUAGUGUGGAUUGCAAUCAAGGUGGAGGAAUGCGGCAAGAGCGCCUUCUACCAAAGCUUGAGCAUUAUUUCGAGCCAUUUAAUGUGCAUCUCAACCGCAAAAGUUGAGGAGUUUUGGCUGUAUUUGGAAACGAGGCUCUCUACGAUUCGAGACGAGCUUUUCACAAACAAGGUGGCAGAACGAAUGCAGAUCUUGCAACUUGCCAACUUGUUGGUCAACAAGUACCUGCGAACAGACCCCAGCGGCAAAACCGACUCCUACCGAUCAGAUACCCAGAAUGACGUGUUUCAUGCUCGCGUGCGGCAGUUUGUUACACAAGUGUUGGACUUCACCGACUCGACUGGCCUUAACAAGUUCUUCCACAUUGCCAACCGAGAUCCGCAUCAGUUUAUCACCAACGACAAUUACUUGAACGACAUUAUAGACGUGCAAAAAAUAUUCAAUGACCCAUUGCAUUAUUUGAAGAAAUCAAACUCCAAAGAGCUAGCGAGAAUGACAAAAGUGCUUCGCGCUGUCUUGAAAGAAUUGCUUCGCGAAGAGUGCAGGUUCAUCAGGAAAAAUCCCACGUUUGACCAAUUUGCUUUUAGGGAGUUGGAUCCCGAAUCAUGCGAUCGCAGCUUUCUUCGCUUGAAAUUCGAGUCCAAAAAGUAUGUUCCAGAAGCGUUCUAUGAAUCACGGUUCAAGAACCGCAGCAAGAAUGAAUUCAACGAGUCAAAGACCAAGGAUACCAAGUUUUUGUUUGCCGAGUUGGAGCUGUCGAAAGUGCGGGUGCGGUACAUUUUGGAGAUUUAUUUUCUUGCUACUUUGUACUGCAGCUUGUCGCCAUCAGCCAAGCUGAAUUUCUUCAAAGAGGCGGGCGUUGCCGCGGGAUCGAAACACGUCACCGAUGACGAAGUCUCCGGUUCCGUUGCCAAAGAAUACGAUGGCAUGAGAAGAGAGAUACUAGCCGAGAUGAAGAAGGUGGACCCUCUCAUGACGCGCUUGUUUUCAAGCUUAUUUGAAGAGGAGAGAUUCUGGUGGCGCUGGCUACUACAAAAGGACCAAAAGGCAGCAGACUCGCUGUUUUUCGAAAAGACGUUGAGUCCCGAAGAACUCUUGGCAGCAGCAAGGAAAGCGGAGGAGAUUUUCCCUUACAAGUCAAAGAAAAGCUUCAACAAGUAUGUCACACCGCAAAUCUCAAGAAAAAUGCGCGUCGCUCAAGGGUUGGAGCAUUUGAACCCAAUGAAGCCCUUCAAGGUGGAUCUUGCCGUGGACGCAAUCGAAAAGCUUGUUCUGACUGAAACAGAGACAAAAUCAAAGGCCGACAGAGACGCGAUAGAGGAAGAGACUUGUUCUUUGAGGUGGAAGGCAUUGCGGAAACAGAGAUCGCAGAACUGGUUCACAUGCAACUCGAUUUUGAAGGUGGGAACUGGUGAGCCAAGUCUCAAGAGGAAGCAUGAAGAUGAGCAAACAGAAGCAGACCAACAAGACGAAGGCAGCAAGAAACCCAGAAUUUCUCCUCUGUAUGAAUAA